UGGGAAACAGAUUGUUGUUAUUAAGCUUGAGACGUGUGUCUCGGUGACUGUUGAUUAAUAUUUCUUCUGUAAAUGUUAUAAUAUUAGGUUUUUCUGAAGGAGCGAUAAGGGCAGUAAAUCUUCAGGGCCAGAAUCGUCAGAGUCAUUUACGUAAGCUAUUUCACAUUCCUGAGAUACGAUUCCGCUAGGUAGGUGAUUCAUAUUCGCUGCAUGCUCAUCGUCAGAUUCGUCGCUAUCAACUUCGGUCUCAUUUCCAUCAUCUCGAGGUCAAGAAUAUGCCUCCUCGAACGCGCUGCUGGAAGUAUUUUUUGGUCCUAAUACUGGUAUUUUUAAUAUUAUCGAUAAGCAUUUAUUCUUCUAAAAUAAUUAAUGUAGUAUUUGACAUAGAAGUGGAAUCUUCGCUAGCAAAUUUAGAAAAGCAAAUCCUCUUGAUUAAGCAACAACCAAAAAUCGAACAAACUCCAAUUUUAGAAUCUGAUGACUACCAGAGGCUAAUAAAUCUGUCUAAUUUUACAUUUAUUAGUAUAAGUAAUGAAACAUGUAAAACAUUUUUGUUAGUCCUAAUUAGUUCUGCUCCCAAGAACUUUAAAAGACGAAAAGUAAUUAGAGACACAUGGGGUCAAAAUGACGCAAAGGUAAAAACUUUAUUUAUGAUUGGUUCUGUUAUUCAGACUGAAAUUCAACAAUCCCUGAAUUAUGAAAAUGUAUUAUAUAAAGAUAUUGUUCAAGGUAAUUUUCAGGAUUCUUAUGAUAAUCUCACUUAUAAAUCUGUAAUGGCGCUGAAGUAUGUUACGUAUUAUUGUCCCAAUGCCAAAUAUAUUUUAAAAGCUGAUGAUGAUAUUUUUGUAAAUAUGCCUUUAAUAAAAAACUAUCUCGCAAAUGAUAUUUCACCUUAUGGUGUUGCAAACUUUAUUCAAUGUCAUCUGUUGUUAAAUUCACCUAUAUUUAGAGGUAAUUCUUCCAAAUGGUCAAUACCUGACUCUUUUUUUCCUGGAGAAAGUAAGUAUCCACCCUACUGUAGUGGUGCAUGGGCCAUAAUUUCCCCAGAUGUUAUAUUUAAAUUAUACACGCAAUCUCAAAAAACUGCCUAUCUUAAUAUCGAAGAUAUAUUUUUAUUUGUACUUGCUGGAGCAAAAUAUCCUGAACUCAAUUUUAUUGAUACAAAACCGGUUUCUUUAUGGAAUAAUUGGAACGUCAGUGACUUAACUACAGGAAAGUUUGAUCAUAUAAAUUUUUUAUUUGGAACAUUUGAAAUGAAGGAGGAAGAUUUACGUAUCGCGUGGGAAUAUGUCACGAAACUACCGGUGAAGACAUCAAUAUUUGAUAAAUAAGAAUAAUUAAAUAUUGUAUAUACUACUAAUAUUGUAUAUGUACUUAAUUGGCAAACGUGUUUUUAUUUUGUUUUUUUUUUUAAUAAAAUUAUAUUUAAAUAUAA